UUUGUCACAUCUUUCCAGGUGAGUGUUACCACAUAUAUUUUCUCAUACAUUGGGUUUAGUUUUGAUUUCCAAUAAUCUUGACCUUCAACAGUUUCUAACUGCACGUGGUCUUUCUCUCUCCUUCGCUAUCUCUUGUUUCUUUACCUUUUUCAUUUUCUCUAGGAUGUAAGGGAAUCAAGACGAUUUAAUUAUUUACAAGUCUACUACCAAAUGCGCACAAUGCUUUUGCUCAAUAGAACGUUUUCCCCCUUCUUGACUUUUACUUCUUACUAACGCCCAUAACAAAUUGUGCAGUGUAUAAGUAAACGCAAGGAAUUUGAUUAGUAGAGUUUUGCGGUGAGUAUUUUGGGCGGAGAGAUUACCGACUGAUUCAAAUCAUUCCAACAGCAGCAACACAACAACAUCCGCACAAGUGUGACGAACUCUGGAUACGCUUAUGGCUUCGUCACAGCUCAACCUUACUCCUAGGCUUGAUGCCAAUGCCAAUGCUGCUGAAACCUCAUCAGAAGACGAGGUUUCCCUGCAUUCCCACAAUGGGAAUCCGCAGGCACGCGUCAUUUCUCUAGAUGACACUACAGCCGAUGAGUCUAAUUUUGCCGCGUCGACAAAAGCACCCGGUGAUAUUCUACCAAGGGAUAGACUGCUGAAAACUCCUACCUACGACUAUGCGUAUGAAAAAUCAAUGAGCCACGCGGAAGCAAAACUUUUCUAUCAGCACCAUCAAUUCGCCUCACGGAGUGCCGACAGUGAGCCUGUCCUGAACCUAGUACCUGCAAAUUACAAUGUAGCCGUCACACAGGCAGAGGGUGCGCCAAGCUAUACACCAACCAUGAUGGAACACAAUGGCUCCGAAGACCAAACAAUCAGUACCAUGUGCCAAACUGAUACAAUUUCAAAGAUUCAACCCGCAGCAAAUGCCACUUCGCUGUUUGAUCAACGUGACUCGCACUUCAUUCAUGAGUACCAAUCCAAUGGUUCUGCUGCAAAUGGCACUCAUGGUAUUUUGGGGUUGAAUGCAAUGCCAUCCAGAUCCCAGAACCAAUUGAGUCAAACUGCAUUGGGGGCAGGUAAUGGCCAUUUUGCUGGUGAUGCCUUGGGGACCGCCCAAGGCAUGUUGAAUACUACUCCGGGCGAUGAUGCCGUUACAUCAGAAUUGAACGUAAUUUGCCGCAAAAUACUGAGAUUACUUGAUCGGCGAUCCAAAUACAUCCAGCUAUCAUUGCAGGGCCCUGGAGAUAACCCUAAGGAUCAUUCCGACUGGAAAGUAUACCCUGCGCCGCCAGAACCAGCAUGGGAAGGUGACAAUGAAACUGGAAAAUUUAACGAUACCUCCCGACCCGAACAGAAGAGAAGGAAGAUGGGACAGGAUAUCGGGGAAGACUUUGACAUGGCCGAGUGCCUACCUCUUCCCGAGGCGUCAGAUUGGGUUUUCAAGCUCGAUGGGAAUAGUGUGUAUCAAGUGUACGAAACUUAUGAUACCGCCUGUCCUAACCAACCUGUUGUACAAAUUCCUUCCCUGAGAGAUUUCUACAUGGAUCUCGACGCGGUCAUAGAUGUAUCAACGGACGGGCCCGCGAAGAGUUUCGCAUUCAAACGCCUUUCUUACCUGGAGGGAAAGUUUCAACUUUAUACUCUGCUAAAUGAAUAUCAAGAAAUAGCCGACAGCAAGAAAGUACCUCACAGAGAUUUUUAUAAUGUUCGAAAAGUCGACACGCAUGUGCAUCAUUCUGCUUGUAUGAAUCAGAAGCACCUCCUUCGUUUCAUCAAAAGCAAGAUGAAAAAGUCACCCGAUGAAGUCGUGUUAUUCAGGGAUGGCAAACAUUUGACAUUGAAGGAGGUUUUUGAGAGUAUCAAUCUUACAGCUUACGAUUUGAGUAUCGAUACACUCGACAUGCACGCGCACACAGAUUCUUUCCACCGAUUUGACAAGUUUAACCUCAAAUAUAACCCUGUCGGCGAAUCUCGACUGCGAGAAAUAUUCCUGAAGACAGACAAUUAUAUCAAAGGGCGUUAUCUAGCAGAAAUAACAAAGGAGGUCAUCUCUGACUUGGAGUCCAGCAAAUACCAAAUGGUAGAAUGGCGUAUUUCAAUCUACGGCAGGUCUAUCCAGGAAUGGGAUAAGCUUGCGGCAUGGGUAGUUGACAAUAAGUUGUUCUCCCCUAAUGUUCGCUGGCUUGUCCAAAUACCUCGACUUUAUGACGUAUACAAGUCGAGCGGCAUGAUGGAAAACUUUGAGCAGGUUAUCACCAACGUCUUCCAGCCACUAUUUGAAGUGACAAAGGAUCCUAAUAGUCAUCCAAAACUCCAUUUAUUCUUACAGCGUGUGGUCGGUUUUGACAGUGUUGACGACGAGAGCAAAGCAGAGCGACGUCUGUAUCGAAAAUAUCCCAUCCCAAGAGAAUGGAAUACGAAACAAAAUCCACCCUACAGCUAUUGGAUAUACUUCAUGUUUGCAAACAUCGCAUCCCUGAAUAUCUGGCGCAAACGGCGAGGGUUCAACACGUUCGUUCUAAGGCCUCAUUGUGGCGAAGCCGGUGACCCUGAUCAUCUUGCGGUUGGGUUCCUCUGCUGCCACAGCAUCAGCCAUGGGAUCCUACUCCGGAAAGUCCCUUUACUGCAGUAUCUAUUCUACCUUGAUCAAAUUGGGAUUGCCAUGUCGCCUCUCAGCAACAAUGCGCUGUUUCUGACGUAUGACAAAAAUCCAUUUGCUAGUUUUUUCAGGCGAGGCUUGAACGUGUCGUUAUCUACCGACGAUCCAUUACAAUUUGCGUUCACCAAAGAGCCCUUGAUUGAAGAAUACUCGGUUGCUGCACAAAUUUAUAAAUUUAGCGCGGUUGACAUGUGUGAGCUGGCGAAACACUCAGUCUUACAAAGUGGUUUCGAGCUCGCCCUAAAGCAAAGAUGGCUUGGCACGAACUGUUCAGCAGCAGGAGUCUCGGGCAAUAAUGUUGCAAAGAGCAAUGUUCCAGACAUUCGAGAGGGAUUUAGGCAUGAAACCCUGUUAGGAGAGCUGGCACUGAUUGGAAGAUAUAUUGACAGUCUGAGUACUCACUCAAAAGUACUACCCCUCAGAGGCCAGUUGCAACCUAGCCUGACCACGGAAAAUGAGAACCAUCCAAGCCAUUCUUCGCGGACGGAGGUUCAGGCUACAGCAUCUCUGCAGACUUCCAAUACGGUGAAUACUCCCAAAUAUUUACAAAAUCAGUCUGAGACCAACAUCGCCGGAGAGGCUUGCCUCCCAAGCCCCAAUGCCCACCUCCCGGGUCCUAAAUCUGGCGAGGAUACUGGACCCGAAUCAUUACCAGAACAAAAGAUAUUCCCUGGUAUUGUGCAUGAAAGGGCUCAGCGGGGUAGUAUGCUGACUCGAGCAUUGGCCGAAGAUGACAAGAAUACGAAAGACGGGGGUAAGGAUGUCAACAAUUGCCCUAGUCUAUCAUGAGGUUAAUACAGGGCGGUGCCAUGCAUAGUGCUCUAUUUUACCUAGGCCACGGUCCUAUAGUUUAUGCUGUGUUUCAUGACAGGCAAUAGUUGCCGCAGCCAAGAAUCACUGGCCGUUUGUUCGCCAUUUGUGGCAAUUCAGGAGAUCCGAGAUUAGUGUUAACUUUUCUUUUUUUCCGU